AUAGGUGGCGAUGUUACGCCGCUCUGCUAACCACGAAGAAGAAGAAACUUCCGCUUUAUCAUCUUAAGUUUCUAUGACGAAUAUCAAACAGCAAACAAACAAAAACACACACAACUAUAAUAGAUGUAAACGCGCGUGGGAGAUUUCAGGCAGAUUUCCAGUUAAAACAAAUGGGACGAUGUGAAAAUUGGGUUUAUUUUGAGCGGUUAUGAGUUUCUUCUCUCACAGAAUCGACAGGCGCUUGUUUUCUGUUCUGCAUCACUCAAAAUGGCCUGGUUUCAUCAUGCCCUGCAAGAAGCAAGCCUACCACCGUCCACAAUGGAUAAUCAUGCAUGCCUUGAGUCAAACCCCAGAUCAGCUGUACCUGUAGCUUUAUCUGAGGGCCAAGGCUGGCCUCAAAGCCUCCAAUCACCCAUCACAUCCUAUCCUACUGCUUCACAGGACAUGGCAUUCCCAAGAGUGGGAGAGCAUUUGCAUAUCUCUUUCCUUAACCAGAGUGAUGGUCCAGUGCCCCUCUCAUAUGUGACUCUCCAGGAACAGCGCUGUGUGAUUAGCUGGUUUCUUGGCUGGGGUUCCUCUCAGAGAGAACGCUUUCUUCAAGAUCUGAUUUCAAAGGCAGUGCCAGGAAAGGUUUGCAGCUUAUUGGAGCACCUUAAUAAUCUUCAGGUGAAGGACUGCCCUCCCAACAUUUUUGAGUGUCAGUUAAAGCUGUGGACACAGUGGUUUGAUACAUGGACUGAUGAGGAAAGGAAUGUCUUUUUGACCAGCCUGGAAGAAAAGGAUCCAGUUUUUGUUGCACAUUUCUACAAAGGGCUUGCUAGUACGGCAGGAAGAGACUGAUGUUCUAAUAAAUUAGUAUUUUUUUCCA